CUUCCUUGCUCUUGCUUCCCUUCCAAAUUAAGUACCCCACCACCAUCGUUGGUGAGAAACACUCCAAAACACGCUCCUCACUCCCACUCCCGUCCCUAUCAUCUGCUCCUCCCCCUCACGGUCAUGGCAGCAGCUCUCCUCCUCUUCCUCCUCGCCGCCGCCGGCCUCGGCGGCUUCGGCAACAAUGCCGACCCGGCGCCGGCUGCCACCAUCGUGCUCAAGGACGGCACCACCUGCACCCUGUGCGCGUCCUGCAACAACCCCUGCAACCCGUCCUACUACCCGCCCCCGUCGUCGCCUCCCCCGGCGCCGGUCGUCACGCCCUGCCCGCCCACCACGCCGUCCUAUCCUUCCCCCUCAUCCGGCGGAGGAGGCCCUGUCAUCUACUCGUCCCCGCCCCCUCCUGCUGCUGCUUCCGGUGGCGGUGGCGGCGGAGGCUUCUACUACCCGCCGCCCACCACCGGCGGGUCUGGUUCUGGGUCCACCGGCGGAGGAGGAGGAGGUAAUGGCGGCGGUGGAGGCGGUAUGUACCCGACGCCGCCCCCGCCCAACCCGUUCCUGCCCUACUUCCCCUUCUACUUCUACAGCCCGCCGCCGCCGUUGCACUCGUCCGGCGCGUGGGCCGUGACGGCCGCCUGUUCGUCGUCCGCGGCGACGCUGCUCCUCACCAGCUUGCUGCUGCUGCUUCUGCUGCUGUGGUAGGUAGCGACACCGUGAGGGAUCUAGAUCUGCAGAGUGAGUGAUCAGUCAAUGCAUGCGCUGUUUCUUUUUUCGCUUACAGGACUAGAGGUGGGUGAUCCAAUGCAACUGGAGAUUCAAUUGUGGCCUGUGUAUUCUAUUCUAGCGGUAAAUUGUAAUUGUAAUUGUGACUUUAUACUAUUGGAUUUCCUCAUCUUCUUUCUUUGAGGUUUAUAUGAGUCGAUCGGUAUAAGAAGUUAAACUUGUAGCAAAGAUUGUACAAGAUCCGGACGGCAGCAAUCAGUAAUAAUAAUCUACUUACUUAACGCUA